AUGACCUAUUCGCCUGAAGAGGUCAGAUGGCUGGUGGAAUUCGCCAGGUUAAGGGGUAUCAGGGUAUUGUUGGAGGUCGACACGCCAGCGCAUGCUGGAAACGGGUGGACUUGGGGACCUAAGGAGGAGAAGACUAGUCUGUACCCGAAUGUAAUUAUGAGAGGAACAAAAUUAAUAUUGAUGGAGGUAGGAAAUGUAAAAUUUCUGGAUUCUCUCAAUUAUUUUCCUAUGCCUCUAACUGCUCUACCCAAGGCGUUUGAUUUGAAAGAGCUAAAGAAAGGAUACUUUCCACAUUUAUUCAACACUUUGGCUCAUCAGAAUUAUGUAGGGCCAAUUCCAGCGCUCGACUUCUACGAUCCCGACCAUUUAAAGGAAGACGCUCGGGAAAAAUUAUUAAAAUGGCAUGGCGAAAGACAAGCGGAGGGAUACGUUUUUGAUUUUCAGAAAGAAAUCGUUGAAUACUGUAUCUCCGAUGUGGAAAUAUUGACACAGGCGUGUCUCAAAUUUCGAGACCUGAUGAAAACCGAAACCACAGUCGAUCCCUUCCAGGAAAGCACCACUAUUGCAUCAUGCUGUAACAAAGUCUUUAGACGCAAUUUUUUAAAACCUGAGACGAUCGGGAAAGUCGAAGAAAGGGCAGUUUACGUAGAUACAGAUUCAUGUAUUUAUAUCUCUCGUAAGGGAUUAGACGACAUAUCUACAGGCGACUUCAUAGGUGAUAUGACCGAUGAGCUCAAUGGGGGUUUCAUAUCAGAGUUUGUUUCUGGAGGACCUAAGAACUACGCCUACAAAUAUACUACUUUGUCUGGAGAGGAACAGAUCGUAUGUAAAGUAAAAGGCAUAUCACUCAACUACAAGGCAUCCCAAGUAGUCAAUUUUGAGAAAAUAAAAGACAUGGUGCUGAAGAAAUCUGAUCCUGUUUCUGUACUUUCUCGACAGCUACGACGUACAAGAGAGCAUGCAGUAGUAACAGUCGAGUUCCUAAGGUAUACAAGAUAA